UUUUAGGUUUUGUUAUUGUUUUUUUUUUUUAAUUUCUAUAGAAGAAUUAUUAUAAAUGCACGCUGAGAGAUCUGUGGUGGAUGAUGCGUAAAAUGUCAGUAUUUAAUAUAGGAAUUUAUGUUACUAUGUGUUUUAUUUGUGCCUGUACAUGCAUGUGUGUGUCUGUGUGUGUGUGUGUGUCAGUGCAUCAAAAGAGAGGGCCAGAAUUUAUGUGUCCCUAGCAGAGAAAGAGACCCCGGGACCCCAUGGUAAAGUCGGGACUAGGCGGGGGAGCUGACAGACGGCUCAUUAAUUCAUUGGGCCGUAAGGAGCUGCCAGUCAGCCUGUAGAUAUGCUAAUGCUGCGUGGCAGGGAACGAACGAGAGGAACCGGCUAACACUCACACCCUCCUCAUUACCACAUCACAACCAGAGAGGACACACACUCCGUUUCUCACAUCAGAUCUGAUUUAGAGACAUUUGGUGGAUCCGUGAGCAAGCCUAAAUCGGAGCUGGAUUUAUUGGACUACAUUUUUGAAGUAGGAAUACGCUUGUGAAAGAUUGGGCUUCAGUCAUUGGCUAAGCUCCAGCUGUUUUUUCAGGCCCCAGUUGAGGACAUGCUGCUUCCAUUGCUCUAACGUCUAUAGUGCCUCUCUGUUCUAUCUCGACUCUUUGAAGAUGAGUUAGAUUGGUCGCGGCUCACCUCUGCUUCAUGAGCCAGCAGGAUGCGGCAUCGGUGCGUGCACUCUCCGAGCGUCUCCUGGUAGCGUCGCACAAGGGCCAGGCCGACAAUGUGGUGCAGCUGAUCAACAAGGGUGCCAAGGUUGCCGUCACCAAGUAUGGCCGGACUCCGCUGCAUUUGGCCGCUUAUAAAAACCAUAUCGAGGUGGUGAGGAUCCUGUUGAAGGCCGGCUGCGAUCUGGACAUUCAGGAUGAUGGCGAUCAGACAGCAUUACACAGAGCAGCUGUGGUGGGAAACAGUGAUGUCAUCACAGCGCUCACUCAGGAAGGGUGUGCACUGGACAGGCAAGACAAGGACGGAAACACGGCGCUGCACGAGGUUGCGUGGCAUGGCUUCAGUCAGUCUGUCAAACUGCUGGUUAAAGCCGGGGCCAACAUCCACGCUAAAAACAAGGCAGGGAACACGGCUCUACACUUGGCCUGCCAGAACGGUCAUGCUCAGAGCACUAAAGUUCUGCUACUGGGCGGAGCUCGUCCCGACAGCAAAAACAAUGUAGGUGACACGUGCCUGCAUGUCUCCGCCCGCUACAACCACGUGGGUGUUAUCCGCAUUCUACUAGGCGCUUUCUGUUCAGUGGCUGAGAGGAAUCAGGCAGGAGAUACGGCCCUGCACGUAGCAGCCAUGCUCAAUCAUAAGAAGACGGCGCGUCUGCUGCUCGAAGCGGGAGCUGAUAGCAACACCCAGAACAAUAUGGGACAAACUGCAUUGGAACAGGCCAGAGAGAACAACAACCCUGAAGUAGCUCUGCUGCUGACUAAAGCACCACAGAUUCAGAGCUUCACCCGUGGCAGAAGUGUGAGGAAAAGGAGGGACAAGUUGAGAGCUGAAGGACGAGCACAGUCGGUCCCACGCGAUGAGAUGCUGCCGAGUAAGGAAAGUGUGUCUGCAGCGGAAGAAACUCCCAGCAGUGAUCGUUCUGCACAGAGACAGGGGAACUGCAGGAACGAGUCACCACAGGGCACUCGGCAAAGAAAAAGCCGUGACCGGAGCCGCAGCCGAGUCAAAGAAAAGCCUUCCCUGUCAGACCCUCUAUCCAGCAGGGAGAAUAAGUGUAAAGAGCAGAGAAAGAGGAGUAAAUCGAGAGCUUCGCCUCCCCGAGCUGUUCCUCCUCCCCACAGCUACAAGGCUUAUCAGCUAUACACACUGUACAGGGACAAAGACGGCAAGGUCAUGCAGGCUCCUCUGAACGGCUGCAGGUGUGAACCACUCAUCAACAAACUGGAGAACCAGCUGGAGGCCACCAAAGAGGAGAUGAAGUCUGAGAUUCACACGGUCCAGGAGCUUAUGAACAACAAGAUGGGUCAGCUGGACCGCAAGAACAAACACCAGAUCAGAGCUCUGGAUAAGAUGACGUUAGAGAGAGUGUCUGCUGAAAGGAUGGAGUGUUUACGUCGCAUCGACGAGAAGACAAAACAGGAGCGCCUGGAGGGUGAAAAGAGACAGGCCUCGAUGGUGAGUGAACUGAAGAAUUGGUGCAUGUCUAAGCUCCAGAGGAUGGAGGCACGUCUGACAGCAGAUGCACGCUGUGCCCCUCUGCACCGCUCCUCCUCUCUAGAUGGAUGUGUAACACUGCGGGGUGACACAGGGGGUCCGUCUGCAGGCAGCGCCCACUGUCUGGUGCCCAGCGACCCAACUGAGCCUGAGGAGGGACACGGAGGAGGAGAUGGAGGAGCUCCCGGAGAAGAGGGCAUGCUGGAUAAUCAUUACUUUGUGGUUCAGAUGGACAGCUCUUCAGAUGGCAAACAGAACAUCCAAGAGACGUUCUUCUCCGUGGCUCAGGACAAAUCUGCACCAUCCUCUCCUCUUGUAGUACGACCGAAAGCACGCACACUGUUCUCCACUGACCCCCACAGGCCAGACAGGGAACUACAGGAGGCCUCAAAUUCAGGCCAAUCCAACAGCCUGUCGCCGUCCAGAGAGCGCCGCAGCAAUGGCCAAAAGGACCAAAAACAAGACCGGGACCACAAGCACAGCAAGAGUUAUAAAAGCAGGCACCAUAAAAGGCAUUCUGAAGUGAGGACUAAGGACCAAGAUGGGACUAAAACCAUAGAGGUGUUCGGAGAGGAGACAUUUGAUCAGGAGGGGGCCAACAUCCACGCGCUGGAGGUGACGCAGUGCUUCUUCGAUGCGGUGUCCACGCAGAUGGAGCGCUGGUACGAGCGCAAGGUCCAGGAGGCGAGCUGGCAGGCCGAGCAGCGAGCACAGGCUGAUCGUGCCACCCUGCUGGAGAGGAUCAGCUGCCUGGAAGAUGAACUGAGGCUCCUCAGAACCAACAGGCAAGAGGACAGCUAGCACGUGGAGCGGUUAUAUGAAGAAGGUGAUUUGAGGAGUGGAUGACUGAGAUCAUAACCACCUGUUAAACCUAACACUUUUUGUCUAUGAAGGUUUUCAGUCAUCCUGAUCAUAUAGAUAGAAAUAGAUAGUGGUUGUACGUCAAGGCGACUGGACUUGUAGUUUUAGAUAUUCAUCCAUUCAUCCGUUACUCACAGGGUGUUGGCUGGAAUCUUUGUCUGAAAUGAUAUUUUAAUAUUAAACCUUUGAUUUUAGGCUUUUUGCCCAUUUCUACCCUGCUUUCAUUCCAAUAAAUGGCAAACAACUAUUCAUUUCCUGCCAAACAAGAUUUGGGACAUUCUUCCCAGUUUUUUUUUUUUCCUGAGUUUGAUCCAAAUUAUUUAUGACAUGGUAAAGUAACAAAUCCAGCAGAUUUCUCAGACUAAUCCUGUGGCAGUUCAUUAUUAUCACAGGGUCUAGAGAGAAAUGUCAAUAUAGAGAAAUGUAAUUUCAACCAAAACCUCUUACUGGAUAAAACUUAUGUCCUCCAGUGAUUAUGUACUUUGCAGUAAAACCUUUCAGCUUUAAUUCACUGUGAAACGUUUGUAGUUUUACAUUUUUUCUUGCUGUAACCACAGACAACUUUCUCUGCGUAAUUUAUCUUGAAGUGUUUUCUAUGUGGUAUACAGUAUCAUCAAAAGAAAGUAGUAGCCUUAAGAGGUAUUACUUUCCUUUGAGGAAACCUGUGGACAUUCUCCACUCGGCCAUUUUUAACCAAAUUUAGUAAUCUCAAAAUUUAAUCUCAAUUUAGUAGUUACCAAUUCUUGUCCCUGCUCAUCUUUUCUAUUGCGUGACGGUCUGAAAGGCUGAAAGCUACCUUGUGCUGUUCGAUUCUCUGUACAUGACCUAAUGGAUGUCUGCUAUUGGCUAGUGUCACUCUAAGAGACAGAGAACAGAUACAAAAAAAAAAAAAAAAGCUAAAUUGGACUCAGCACCAUUGGUUUGAACGAUUAGUGAAAUAUCCUUCAGAUUAUAACACAAGUCCAGCCGCUUUUUUUCUAUCUAUAUACAGUGCCUUGCAUAAGUAUUCACUCCCCUUGAACUUUUCCACAUUUUGUAGUGUUACUGCUUGGAACUGAAAUCGACUUAAUUGGGAUUAUAAAUCAUGAAUCUACACAAAAUAGCCCAUAAUAUUAAAAUGGAGGAAAAGCAAUAUAGUUGGUGUGAAACCUCUAAAUCAGGUUCUCUGGUCUGAUAAGAACAAACAUUUCUGGGCUACAUUUGGCAGAACUCCAGCAUUGAUCUUCACUCUGAGAACACCAACCCCACAGUGAAGCAUGGUGGUGGAAGCAUAUUGAGACUUACCUAUGGCUUCAUGGUUGCUUCUCUGACUAAUGCCCUCCUUAGUUGAUGGGCACUACAAAAUAUGAACACUUAUGUAAGGUAGUGUACAUGAUCUACAGUUCUCCUGCCUUUUGGGUGUGAGAUAACGUCAGUUCAUUACAGAUUUUAUGGCGCACACAUGUGAUGUGCUCAAAGACUGUUUACACUGGACGGGCAUAGAUGUGGUUAAAGCAUUGUUUACAUUGUAAAAAGGCAUACACUGGCUGUCAAUCAAACUUAUAGCAGUUUGUCCUAUGAGUUUAAAAGCUACUAAGUUGUAUAAGCUGUUAGAGAAGUGGCUAUUUAAUUUCUUUCAAAGUAGAGGUCAGAAGAGUCCCUAGAUGUGUUCUUCUUCUUAAAUAUCUACACUGUAUGCUGCUGCCGUGUCUCGUACUAUUUGUCAUUAAUUUUUGGUGCCAGUAUGAGUUAAAAUGAUCUACUCUCCUGUGUAAACCUGUGUAACUUUAUGUUUGAAAUGUUGUUUCUACUAUGCAGGCACAGAGGAUAGGGUAAAGAUAGAAAGCUCACUUAGAACAAGAACAUCUGAAGGGCUUUGAAUGUUUUACACACAAAGGUAUUUCUCUGUACUGAGGCAUUACUGAUUCCUGCUCUGUUUUUGUACAUUUGUAUCAAAUUUACAGUUUUGUACAAUGUCUGUCUUCUUUGUCUGCAUUUCCCGUCAUCUGAAAUCAUCAAAAUGCAAAAGCAGCUACCGUGACAAACAUCGUAACCUAACGAAACAUGAUUAUUAUCGAGCUAGUAUUCGUGCUACUUUCGUACCCAGACUAAACCUACUUUGAGACUUUAACAGAAUUCUGUAACAUUCGCAUUAGCGUAGGAUGAAGUUGUGAGGCUGGGUCACAGUUAAAACUAGGAAUCGCUCCAUUCCAAAUUGUCAAAAACAGACGAUCCACAUAAUCAUACUUUCAGUUCCUAACACACCUGAGGCAGAUAAUCAGGAAGUCUGCUAACCUUGAUUACUGUGGCUGUGAUCCAAAUGGCAUACUAGUGUACAUCACUCUGCAUACUCAACAUACCGAACCCUACCUGAAACCUCCUCGCAUUUCAUUUAACUCAGUCUCCAAGGUGGAAUGGUUAAUGUUAAUGUUAAUGCAUUUUUGUUUCUCUUCAAUAAAUAUGAUUUUAUGGUUAA